AUGUCCGAUACAGCAUCCGUCUUAUCAUCCACGCCAACGUUGAUCCAAUCGGAUGACCCACGAUUUGUGGAGCUUCACAGCGUACGUGAACCACGACGACAUGACGGCUUUAUGCGACUUCAAGAAAGCGAAGAUGCACCAUCAAAGCGUUUACGUGAAUUGAUGUUUGGACCUACUCUCAGGCCAUGGUUUACGUGGGCAUCAGCUGCCACAAUGAUCAUCAUCAUGAUCUUUGAAUAUGCCAAAAGCCUAGAUCUUGCACGUAGCAUGAUUCAAACAGCUCCGUUCAAUCCACUCAUCGGCCCAUCAUCCACCGUCUUCAUUAUCACUGGAGCAAGAUAUACCCCUUGUAUGCGUUCAGUACCUUCAUGCACCGAUCCAUCAUGUGUCGAAUUAUGCCAAAACACCCAAGAAGGCUUCCGUUUUUUUAGUGCAUUAUUCAUUCAUGCAGGUCUCAUUCAUAUCGUGCUUGCCCUCGUGAUUCAUUUUUGGAUCGGUGCAGGGUUGGAAAGAUCUCUGGGCGUCGUGCGGUUUGCCAUUUUGUACCUCGUGCCAGGCACGUUUGGGUUUGUGCUUAGUGCUCUCGUCAGCCCAGCAACUGCAGUGUCGACAGGGUGUACGGGAUCAUUGGUAGGAUUAGCAGGGUUCAUGCUGGUGGAUAUGGCGUUUCAUCCCGACACGGUGCAAAAACGACGACUUUUAUGUGUGCUAUUAUCCAUACCAAUAGCCUUCGUUUUUGGCAUCUUCCCUUACAUUGACAACUUUUGUCAUCUUGGUGGGCUUGCCAUGGGGAUCAUUAUGGGGUGUGCGCUCGUUCCACAACGUAAAACAAGUUCAUGCAUCGAAUGGUGUAUACGGGCUAUUGCAGCAAGCAUAGCAGUGGCUGUGUUUGCAUCAUGCUUAUACGUGUUUUACUCGGUAUCAGAUCCAACCACGAUAUGUCCAAAUUGUAAAUAUUUUUCGUGUGUGCCAGUUAGUAAUUGGUGUGAGCUGUAA